AUGCCUCCUGUCCGCCGACAUCGCACAGAGGCCCAACAACAGCUCGAGGAGGAGUUGGAGCGAGCUACGGAUAAAGGUAUCUAUGAUCCUGACCAGGAUGCAUCCCUCCGUAGAGAGGUCAGAAAGGGCUACAGGCAGUUGUUACGAGCCGAAGUGGAUAAUAAGACAGAGUAUCUCAAACCGGGAAACAACGGGCUGCGAGAUAUUGUCCGGAGCGCAAACGUCCUUUUCGAGCAAGUUAGGUCCACCACUGAUGCGGCUCUUGAUUCUCGUCUUCUCGUCAACACAUCCGAUGCCGCUCGUGCAAAGGCACGAAAAAUGAAGCUCGGGGACUCGCCCUUUGACGUCGAUGAGUUUCUUUCCAAAUUGAUCACCUACGGGAACGGGCGCAUACCAAAUAUGAAUCCAAAUGAUGACGACAAUAUCAGAGAGUUGGAUUGGAACAAGAUUGGAUUGGUCUCACUGAGGAGAGGAGGAAGGAGGCCGCCAACGAUGGAUUGGAUGCUGGGACCUCUGAGUUUGGAAAGGAAAGUUCGAGAGCGCACUGAACGACAGCGCCUCCGCAAGGAUCGCGCAGAUCUUGUCAGACCACAGGCUAUCGGUGAAGAUGAUAUCGAGCAGCAAGAGAAUACGACCCCUCAGAAUGUCCGCGCCAUAUCCGACAUCCUGGCACAGCAUUCGCCCUGUCCGCUGUUCAAGUUCAUCCUCAAUCCUGAAUCAUUUCCGCAAACGGUGGAAAAUAUCUUCUACCUUUCCUUCCUUGUUCGAGAUGGGAAGGCAUCCAUUCAGGAGGACGAGGAUGGACUUCCAGUUGUCCAAGACUGUGAAGAGCCCGACGAAGCAGAUUUUGCCGCUGGACUGAAGAAAAAGCAAAUCAUUUUUGAAAUGACCGAAGCCAUGUGGAAGGAGCUUUGUGAAGUGUUCGAUGUGAGGAAAAGCAUCAUUCCGACAAGGAAAGCGAUCGAACACAAUACUGGCAAAUGGUACGGUUAA